UAAAUCCAAUCUGGGUAUUCCCUAAUUUUGCAAAAUGUUCAUCAUUCGAUUAUAAACCUCAGAAGGGCAAUCAGUGAAGUUUCAUCGGUUUCAAACCCAGAAACACUACGUACUGUAAAUAUGAGCGUUGCUUCUUCUUAUAAUCCUCAAUUUCUCACUGCACCCAUGCAAUUCGAUGCCUAUAGUCUUGAGCACUGCCCCCAAUUUCAGGUUUCUGACCAACAAUGUGAAAAUAUUUCUUAUUCUGAGCACCAAUCUUCCAAGAGGCCUGGAUUUUCUAGACCAAUAUUGGAUUCAAGGAUGCCACUGAAAAGAGCGAAGAUGACUUGUACCGUUGAGACUGAAAUGUGCUUGCUAUACAGAAGGGGUAAUUGCACUUAUGGGGAUAAGUGUCACUUUGCCCAUGGAGUUGAAGAAAUCCGGAGGCUACCAUAUAAAAUGACUGACAUUGACAUUUUGACCAAUGAGGAUCACAGGAUUAUCAGUAAAAUGAAACUGUGUAGGAAGUUCUGUAAUGGAAAAGAGUGCCCAUAUGGGGAUAGAUGCCAUUUUCUUCAUGUAGGUCUCCAGAAAGUAAAGGGAGAUUUGGGUCUGUCUAGGAAGAGUGUGGAACUAAACCUUGUGACUACUGGGUCUGCAGGGGAUUGCAAAAAUGGGUAUGAACAAUGGGAAUGCCAGAUGUUUGGGAAUUCAACUCAUAGAGAUAAACAACAGGAUCAGAAGCCAAUCUAUUGGAAGACGAGGCUCUGUAACAAGUGGGAGAGAACUGGUAAUUGCCCAUAUGGCGUGAAAUGUUACUUUGCUCAUGGACAAGCAGAACUACACAAGAUUGGCUCUCACCUUGCAUUGGAAUCUGGGAAUGUUUGCCCUUCAAAAGCUCUUGCUACCCUUGCCAAUGAUGGAUCAGUCACUAAAACCAGGAUGGAAAGUGAAAAACGGCAAGUGCAAGGUAAGAAGUGCUUAUUCAAGCGUAAAGAAGUUGAGAAGAUCAAUGGCAUCUAUGCAGAUUGGGUUGAUGCUCUGCCCCUUGUGCACUGUUCAUCGGCCAAAGUGGGAAUUUGAAUUUAAUUUUGAUUCGUGUCAUAUAUCAUACUUCAAGUUCAAAGGAAUUGCAAUUUGGUCAAUUUGAGGCUGUUAAUAGAGUGACCGACUUUACUCAGUUGUCACAAUACUGAGAUAAUGGACAUACCAAUUGUCUCUUAAGAGUGGUGAACUACUUGUACAGCUAUUAUCAACAGCUGAGGGGAAUUACUUUGCAUACCCCCUUUAGAGACUCAUUUUCAAUAUAGUUUCUGAUUGUGGCAGCUGAAGUUUUUAAGAAUGUCUUCUAUAAUUUUUUGUUUUCCCGAAGAUGGGGUUUUCAUCUCUACGGGGUUUUGAGUGAGAUUCACUACUUGUUGGAUUAUAAAUGUUAUUCAAGGG